GGCACGGAGUCAAGUCUCUCAGUCAUGUGCGGCGAGUCAAAGGCAAAGCAGGAAGCGACACUGGAUUGACCUGACUGGGAAGACUCGUGCUGUCAUGUCAACGAAACUUCACGGGUGAGCUGUUUGCUUUUGGGCGUUGAAGAAUAGGCUACACGUGGGAGAAAUUAGUGUAUAUAUAUUGAGGAGCUGGAGGGCAUGUAGCAGCGUUUCUUAAACUACCAGAUAUGGAGCUCGGAAAAGAAGACAGAGAUUCUAAAGACUACGUUGUUUUAAUGGAGCCAUACCCUGUCAACAGCCUAAAGACGAAGUACCGCUCUUUACGACGACAGAUGUGCUUCAUUCAGUUUAUAACUGUUUUUUUCUGCCUCACCUGCUGUCUGUUCACGCUCGUGUAUCAGCAGUUCGCCUCAAGCUGCAAGGAAAAUGAAAUCAAGAAGGCACCUGAAAUUGGGAUGCAGAGACAAGCUCUUAAAUCACACAGCAGAGAAGACAUUACCCUGAGACAAAGUCCUACACCUUUUACUCGCCUGACAAUAGAAACAAAAAAUGUUGAUUUAUCUGGUGCUGGUAAUGUGAAAUGGAUGCAGAUACAAAAUCUGGAGCCAGACCAUACUGAAUACUUCGACUUGGGUGAUGACGGUGAAUCUCUGAUAGUGCGUCGUGAUGGGACUUACAAAGUUUCUCUGCAGAUAAUGUACAAGGGAAGUGAAAGUGAUGAUGAAACAAUUCUGCAGCACGAAAUUCACCAUUACACUGAAAGCUAUCCUGAAUUCCUGCCCCUGCUCACCUACAUGGAAACAGUGAACUUUAAGCAUCCAUACUGGAGGAAAACUCUGUUCUCAGAAGGUAUCUUUUCUCUCAACACUGGGGAUAGACUGAAGGUCUGGUCCAGAAAUCUCUCCCUCAUUGACGCUGGAGGAAACCUGGAACAAAAAAACAUCUUUGUGGCUUAUCCUCACUUUUCCGGUAAAAUGACUUUUCUUGAGUAGCUUUGCUUAAAUGUGAAAGGGUUGCUAUGAUGUGUAUCAUAUUAGAGCUAUAAACAAAAACUUUACAGGGCACAAAGAAUUAAGAUGCUCCACUUUCACUAUUCAGAGAAUUUGAAAGGUACAAUUAUGAAGAAAUUCCUCAAAUACUCAAUAUCUAUAGAGCACAACAAUUUCCGCCCACUUUUUCAGCCACUUUGGUUUCUGAAAGUGUUUUUUCCCAUUCAUUUUUUUCUAUAGCAAUUUCAUAGAAUCCUGCAUUAAAAGAAGUAUAAGCCAAAACAACCAGCUCCGAGGUGAAUCACAGCAUUGAAAACUUUGAUUUGAAGCAAAAAAAAAAUUUGAAAAACGAACAAAAAAUAAAAGGUACAAGACAGUAUACUUAACGUCUUUCGUGAUUCAACAAACUACAAUACCACAAAGCAUUGCAAAUUAAAAAUGGUAGAAAAAUAUAAACCUGUUCAUUUAAAAUUGUUGAUUAUAAGUAUAGAAAAAAUACAUUUUAUCUUUGUUGCAAAAUAUUUAUAUUUAUAAGUAGUUUGAAAGUGUAGGGAGACCGACUUAAAAGUGCAAUCACAGUGCGUCAUGGGAGUGUGCGGCCACUGUUGGGUAUUGCUUGGUGGGCUUUGUUGGUUGCUAUUCUCUGAUUGAUGGAUAUCUUUAAAUAAUGUGGACUGAUGGCUUCAACAGAAGCAUAUACCAUUGAUUAACAACCUCGGAGCUCACGGUAGUUCUGUCUUCAAAGGUUUUUAAGUUAGCAUUAAAAAUAAAUUAGUCUAUGGAGAAAAUGAAUGAGAUUUUUACUUCAGAAACCAGACUGUUGUGAUUUUUUGUAAUAUAAUACUUACUCAUUUAUGUUCUGGUACUGUAAAAGUGUAUUUUGUUUUGUUUGUUUUUUGUUUACAUUUGGUAAAAAAAAAUAAACAGUGAGGUUCAUCCCGGUCAUGUCAAAGAAAUCUGAACACGAAAAUAUUGUAUGGUACAAUAUCAUUAGUCAUUGCAAUUACUAUAGUGCACUACUCUGGAUUAAAUGGGUCUGUUAACUAUUAUUUCAUAAUACAUUUGAAUGAAAUACCUUUUUAUAUACUUGAAAAUUGUUUUUAAAUGAUAUUUUCAUGAUUUUUAUUAAGGCCAUAAACCAUCAAUAAAUAUCAUUACAUAAAGAU